UAAGAAUAUUAUAAGAAAAGAAUGUUAAUGAUGGGUGGUAUGUCAUGGAAAAUGGGUAUUUGUUUUUUGGGUAUGUUGAUCAUUUUCAGCUGUGUUUUUGAGAAAUCUUCAAAAGUUGAAAAAGGGAUUGUAUACAUUGAUGGAGAAAGUGGGAUUGCAGAGAUAGAUGAUGAUUUUAUUUGUGCUACUAUGGAUUGGUGGCCACCUGAAAAAUGUGAUUAUGGUUCAUGUAGCUGGGAUCAUGCUUCUCUUCUCAAUGUGGAUCUUAACAACACAAUAUUUAAGGAUGCAAUCAAAGCGUUUUCACCAUUAAAGAUCAGAUUAGGAGGGAGUUUGCAAGAUGAACUUUUCUAUGAAACCGAAAAUCAAACAAAACCGUGCAUCCCCUUUGCCUACAAUGCAUCAGCGUUAUUUAGUUUUAAUUCGGGCUGCCUGCCAUUAUCGCGAUGGGAUGAGCUUAUCGAAUUCUUUAAUGAAACACGGGCUAUCGUAAUUUUUGGGUUAAAUGCUCUAAAUGGAAGGAAAUUGCUUGCUGGUGGUACAACUACUGGUACUUGGGACUCCACAAAUGCUGAAUCUUUUAUUCGUUACACUGUUGGAAAGAAUUACACAAUGUACGCAUGGGAAUUCGGAAAUGAGUUAUGUGGAACUGGGGUUGGAACAAGAGUAGCAGCAUCUCAGUAUGCCAUUGACACAAUGACCCUCAAAAACGUUGUUGAAGAAAUUUAUGAAGGUAUCGAGCCCAAGCCUCUCAUUAUCUCACCAGGAGGCUUUUUUGAUGCAAAGUGGUUCAAGGAGUACAUUAACAAAACAACCAAAAUCAUUAAUGUGGUCUCACACCAUAUAUACAAUCUUGGCGCAGGGGUUGAUAAAGACCUAGUUGAAAAGAUUCUUAAUCCAACAGUUCUUGAUAAUGAGGUCGAUACGUUUAAGCAACUCAAGAACAUCAUAGAGACUUCUGAAACGUCUGCAUCAGCUUGGGUUGGUGAGGCUGGUGGAGCUUACAAUAGCGGCCAUGAUCUUGUGACUAAUGCAUUCGUUUUUAGUUUUUGGUACUUGGAUCAGCUUGGAAUGUCAGCUGUUUACAACACUAAGACAUACUGCAGACAAACGUUAAUAGGAGGAAAUUAUGGGCUACUCAACACGACUACUUUUGAGCCGAAUCCUGAUUAUUACAGCGCUCUUCUUUGGCAUCGACUAAUGGGGAAAGUCGUUCUCGCCACAACCUAUACGGGGACCAAAAGAUUGCGCUCUUACGCACAUUGUGCCAAAGAAUCUGAUGGAAUGACACUCCUACUCAUCAAUCUAGACGGGACUACCACCAUUAAAGUAACACUUAAUACGCUACUCCAUUCUCUGGCACAAAUCCAGUUGGUGACACAUGAUUCAAAAAUGGAUGGAUCGAGAAUACGAGAGGAGUACCAUCUAACAGCAAAAGAUAAUAACUUGCAUAGUCAAAUUAUGAUGCUUAAUGGGAAAGAGUUGACUGUGAAUGCCUCCGGUAAUAUACCUCGGUUAGAGCCUUUGAAUGUCAGUUCAUUGGAGCCCAUAGUUGUGGCCCCUUACUCUAUUGUAUUUGCCCACAUCCCAUAUCUUACUUUGGAUGCUUGUGGUGAUUUGACCAUGGAGUUUCAGAAGUCCUAAAGCUAAUAUCAAACUGUUUUGUGCUUUUAAGCUAGAUUAAUUAAUAUUAAAUGAAGUUUUGCUGGCUUUUAUAUAUGAUCGCAUGUAUAAACUUCGUGUUUGUUUAGAAAGGAGAGCUUGUUUGGUGCAUGUAAAUAGCUUUCCGAAGUAGGGACUUGUAAAAAGAACUGUUUAUGGUUUAAUUCCUUUAUUACA